AUGUUAAGACUAUCUUUAUUAAGUUCUACUCUUAAGACAAAUGGUAUACCAUUGAUUAGAUCAUUCCAUCAUUCUAUAAUUUAUAAUCAAGAAGCUAUAAUACAACAACUGCAACAACAAUCACAACCGAUUCAAAUACAAGCACCAUCAAGAACAUCGGCAUCUCCCGCUAAUUAUAAGACGCCUCUUGAAGAAUACAACCACAAAAUUGAACAAGGGAAAUUAAGAGAUGAUCCAUAUCAACGGAAAAUCAUUUCAAAUUUAUCAAUUUUACAUUCAAAAUUACUUAAUUAUACCCCACCUGAAUUAACUCAACCAAACAUUCAAGAUUUAAAACCUCGAUUCUUUGAAAUUAAAUCAUUCUUUACAUCAUUCUUAAGUAGUAAAGAUAAAUCUCAACAAGAUCGAGAAUUACAAGAAUCCCUUAGUCUUAAUGUUGAAGAAAAUGAAAUUAAGGGGAUUUAUCUUUAUGGUGAUGUAGGAUGUGGGAAAACCAUGUUAAUGGAUUUAUUCUAUAAUACGAUUCCAAAACAUUUACCCAAGAAGAGAAUUCAUUUCCAUCAAUUCAUGCAACAUUUACAUAAACGGUCACAUCAAUUGAAACAACAAUAUUCGAAUCAAAAUUCAACCACGACCUUAGGUGAUGUUCAUAAUGAUAUUGAUGUUAUUCCAAUCUUAGCCAAUGAAAUCGCUAAUGAUUCUACUAUACUUUGUUUUGAUGAAUUUCAAGUAACAGAUGUGGCUGAUGCGAUGUUAUUAAGACGAUUAUUAAUGUUAUUAUUAAAUCCGCAACAUGGAGUUAUAUUAUUCGCUACUUCGAAUCGUGCUCCUGAUGAUUUAUAUCUUAAUGGGAUUCAAAGAGUCAGUUUCAUCCCUUGUAUUCAAUUGAUUAAAUUACAAACAAGAAUCAUCUAUUUGAAUUCUCCUAUUGAUUAUAGAAAGAUUCCAAAACCUUUAUCUUCCAAUUAUUAUCAUCCAAAACCAGGGGUCAAGUAUUUACUGGCGGUCAAUCAAACCAAUUGUAAGAAACAUGUUGAAACAUGGUAUAAUUACUUCAACAAUCAUGAAGAAGAUCAACCUAAUGAUAUGACAUCGUUGGAUUUAAAAGUUUGGGGUAGAACUUUAACCGUCCCUAUUUGUUCACCACCAAAUGUAGCCCAAUUCACCUUUGAUGAAUUAUGUGGGAAUAAAUUAGCCGCUGGAGAUUAUUUAACUCUUGCUCAAAGUUUUAAAUCAUUUAUCGUGACAGAUAUACCAUAUUUAAGUGUCAAUGUUAGAGAUGAAGUGAGAAGAUUUAUUACGUUUUUAGAUGCAGUUUAUGAUAAUCAUGGGAAUUUGGCAGUUACAUCGGUUGCCCCAUUUAAAGAUUUAUUUGUGGAGCCUGAAGAUUUAAAAGAAGGUAAUUUCCAAUUAUAUAUGAAAAAAUCAAAAGAUCAAAGCCUAACUAAAGGUGAUGAUAGUUUUGCAAAUGAUGAAUUGGUGUUAAAACAUGGAUUUGAUAAAUCUAUAGCGAGAAAAGCAUCUAUGUUUGUUAAUGAUGAAGAAAAAUUCGCCUUUGCUAGAGCUUUAUCAAGAUUAAGUCAAAUGAGUACUACUGAAUGGAUUGAAGCUGAGAGAGAUUAG